AUGAGCUCAACGGUGCUCUCCGUGGCAAAACUGGACUUUUCAGAACUGGAGACAGUCUAUCUGCAGGUAUUUAUGAAAUAUUUAAAGAUAAGUGAAGCUUUUAAUUUUCAGGUCGAUAUGGAAUACGAUAAUCGGAAAAACGCUGCGUUUGCCGUGCUCAGUAAACUUUCCAGGUUUUUAUUUUUCUGCCCGAGUGUGAUAAUCAGAAUUGGUACGCAGAGAUAUCCUCCACACGUGUCUAUCGCUCGGUGGCUGUCUGGCGAAUCCCGAAAGAAAUCUCUGCUCGAUUAUGAUGAUUAUCAAUUCGGAGCAGCUCAAAAACGAGGAGUUAGUGGAAUUCUUCAAAGCUCAGCGCAUUUUUGUAAGUCACGAAAGUUUUUUGGAACCCUCUGAAAUUAUGUGUCUGUCCUUAGGAAAUUUUCGGCAAGGGUGCGGCAAACAAUGAGCAAGGUGCCGCCGAAAGCGGCAAGUUGCUCAUUGUCGCCUCAUUUGGGAUCAUGGGGUGGGCACGUAUCCGACAAGGGAUCAGCACGGCUCCGACGUGCGACAGAAAGAAAAAGGUCGGAUAGGAGGGCAGCCGAUUUGAGCGGCACUUUGCUAUUUCUUGCGGCAACUUGCCGAUAAUUUCCUGAGUCAGAAUUACUGUUCCACGCAUUUUUGAGAGUUGGGAUUGGGAUAGCGUAUGAGGCGACGGGAGACGAGCCAGACAGACAUAAAUUCGCCUGGUCUUUUUAGGUAAAAAUAAAGAAGGAGUGUGAUUCAUUCGCCGUCGAACAAUGUCUUUCGUUCACGAUUUUCUACCUCAUGGAGAAAGUGGACUGGUUCAGAGUUUGAAUGUUUUGAAAAUCUCCAAAUGAUUAGUCCAUUUUCAGAUCGGUGAUAGUUUCGUUCAGGGUGAUUUUCUAUCGUGGAAGAAGAAUAAUAUUCCUAAAAUUCGUAAGAGAUGUUUUGGCUUCUCAAACCUGCGUCGUUUUCGUUUUCAGAAAUCAAAACGCAUUGCUCUUCGAGUGGCGAAAUAUAUAUCAAUUUUCUUGCGGAGAUGAUCAGAGUCUACCCAUUCGAACAUUGGAUUCUCGAUCCCGAGGAGAGGUUCACAGACUUGAAUUCCGGGCCGAUAACACACGAAAUACGGCCGAGAUGGAUUUCCUGUCUUCCGAAAUUAGGAAAAGGGCGGAUUGUCCGCGUGCACAGACGUAUUCCAGAGACUUCUCCCUUCGAGACGUACGCACAAAUGAAAGCUUACUGGAAGAAAACCGUUGGGGAUCUCUUUCGUGUAUUAAGAUCAUAAUACUUGUUACAGUAUGGCUACGAUCUCCCCGCCGCCGAGCCAGAAGUCUUUUACGAUGUGAAAUUCAACAACGGACAGACAAUGCUGUUAUUGGGCCGUUUCCCCCCAAUUUGUGAAGUCAGAAACUUUCAGAUAUCCAUUGUGUUGCGUGCUGAGUGCAGCGCCGGAAGUCAUUCCCGUUCGUGCCAAUUCAACGUACACAAAAGAGGCGUUGGCUCUUUUCCUAAAAGCAUUCAAAGACGCUUCGAUCGUUGUCUGCGGAAAGCCGCUGAUUUGUGAGAAUUCCUCUCUCUCUCUCCCGCUCUCUCUCUUUUUUCAAUAAAUUCGUUUCCUUUUCAGCUGAAGAGAAGGAGUCUCUCGCUGUGAAGUCCUACAUGGAAGUCAUUUCGAUGCAAGCUGUCAAUCCGUCGAGACUGAAGAAAGAGCAGAAAGUGACGCGGAAGAAGGAAGGAGAACAACAUAUAAGAAAGGUGUACCCAAAGAUUCCGGCGGGCGUCAAAAGAUCCAUCUCCUCUUCCUCGGAUGAGCCAUCAUCUUCCGCGAGCAAAAAGUCGAGACCUGGAUUCAACAUCGACUGCGAUUAG